AGCACGCACAACAUAUUUACAAACCAAAUGUCUGGCGGAGGUGAAGAAUUUCAGGUUGUCACCCGUAAGAAAUGGAUGGCACGUAAAUGCCUUAGUCGACGCAAUCGCCAUAAGUCUGAAAGCGAUUACUUAAAUGAUUGCCCCGAUGUGAAUGUGGAUAUCUUUCAAGCACGCCUGGAGCGACUUUGUGGAGAAAUGAGUCAGAGUGACUAUUUCAUCGUGACCAUGGAAACUUUGCAACAGCAAUUGGAAGCGCUCAAAAGGCCAUUAGAACGAAUUGUUUGCCUCGGCUUGGGACCCUUUACUCGAACCUACCAGGCGCUGCAUCAAGCGGCGUUUAUAAUAAGCACACAGCAAUUUCAUAAAAUUAAAGAAACACUCUACUAUGAUCCUGUAUUCCGAGAAACUGAAAAGGAGCUAAUCAAACGUUUAAAUGGCACCAUCAUCAACGAGGAUAGGGCAGGCAGGCAUGUAGCCCAAGUGCCAACUCUAUAUUAUCUGCCACAUUGUCCGUACGCCUUAAUGCACAACCUGCUGUUGUGCAACUGGAGCAACGAGACCUUGCCAAACGUCUUUUUAAUCUCGAACAGCUUUGAAAUGUUAACGCUCAACAGAACUCUAGCUAGAAGUAAUCCCAACGAUCAUAUUGCCCGCAUAAUAAGCUAUUGCACGGAGUCUCCCUUAGAGGAUGAUUACGAGCAGCAGAAUGUAUUUAAUGAUCUGUCAUUACACUGUUUUCCCAGAGAGAAACUACCAGGAACAGAUAAUACAAUAUUCUGGACACGUUGCGCGCCCUUAAAGGUGAAUGAAGACGAGCUGCGAACUGACCAAAAUAUUGAAGACGAAUUUACCGCGUUAAGCAUAAGAUCAUAGAUGACUUUAUAGAGU